AUGUCGGGUGCCGUGGGCCGUGAGGCUGUCUUCCCGACUCGUCAAUCGCUGGGGUUGAUGAAGGGUAAGCUGAAGGGCGCUGAAAUUGGUCACAGCUUGUUAAAGAGAAAGAGUGAAGCAUUGACAAAGCGAUUCCGCGAGAUCACUCGCCGUAUCGAUGAAGCGAAACAGAAGAUGGGACGGGUCAUGCAGAUUGCUGCCUUUUCUCUAGCGGAAGUUAGCUACGCCGUCGGAGGCGAUAUCGGUUACCAGAUCCAAGAGUCCGCCAAGCAGGCUCGAUUCCGCGUCCGGACCAAACAAGAGAACGUGUCUGGUGUCCUAUUACCUCAUUUCGAGAGCUUCACGGAGGACUCUAUCAACGACUUUGGUCUCACCGGUCUUGGAAAAGGUGGUCAGCAGGUGCAACGAUGUCGGGAAACCUACGCCAGGGCGGUAGAGACACUGGUUGAACUUGCGAGUCUACAGACUGCAUUCGUUAUUCUGGACGAGGUGAUCAAGGUUGUCAACCGAAGAGGCAUCUAG